ACUCGAAUAGAUAGAUAUCAAACGAUGCCAUAGCAACAUCCUUUCCUCUGGUCACUGGAUAGAUCACUUACCGCGAUAAUGAAUAUUAAAGAAACGUUCAUCGUAUAUCUCGUUACUUUUCUUUUGUUGUUCUUAUUUGUUAGUUGAUUCUGUUAGAACCUUCGGGCAAGAGGACACGGAAUGAAGUAUUCACGGUUUCAUUCGGUCGUGUCACAUUUAUGCCGUCCGUUCGGGGGCAAGUGUCGUGCAUAGAAUAUUGUCGAUCAAUUCGUUAUUGUCAUUCAACGAACGAAACCGGCGGCCAUAGUUUUUCAAACCGCUCGCGCCUCGUUACCCCGGUCACUCGUACCCCUUUUUUUUACUUUCACUGGCAUAUGUUGCGCCAGAGUCCGGAUUACUUCUUUUCUCGCACACGCGGACUUUGAUAGCCGUUGCCGGGCAGGACGGGUUUAGUUGGUAUUCCACGUUCAUCGCGGCGUCAUCGGCUCGCGCUCACCGCUACGUGACCAUCGGCAGGCGGAACAACAUGGAUUUCCUUCGAAAUUUGAUGAUUCUGAUUGUGCUCGUGCUGACGCUUCACAAUGACAAAUGCCUAUCGACCGCCGAGCCUAUUAGCCUUUUCUCAUUCAUACACGAUUUAGUGCAAAGCAACAUAGCUGGGGUACCGGUCAUCCAUGAGCAAACCCAGUGGGAUUUCGAUCCUAAUGUUGGGAAACAGAGACGGAUCAGAUACGAGAAGGAAAAUGGACGUUACGGUGAAAUUGCGAUCGCGAAGAUCGGCAUGGGUAUUGGAUACAAAGGACCUUGGGGAACACCUGUGUGAAAAGAAAUGUGUAAAAAAUGUUAAUGAUUUGUAAAUAGACAUUACUUGAACAUAAGCAUUCAGAUUCUGUUUAAAGCAUAUUUAUACAUCCGAA